AUGCGCUCGCUAUGGAUAGUAGCGACCUUGCUUACAGGGGCACUAGCCUCAACUACAACGACCGCUUCAACGACAACGAGUUCCGCUACGGAUACGGCUGCUAUUGUAACUCUAUCCGGCACCGUUGACCCCCUCAGCCUCGAGGGAGCCACUGGAUCAGUCACAUAUCCCUCAGUUACAACGACAAUUACCUUGUCUACGCCCAAGGAUUCAAAAACGAGUACUGGAACAGGCACGCGAUCUGGGAAUGUGACUGAUGCAUACACCACGACCUCGGGGACGGUCACCAUGCUGGUGGGCAGUCAAGGGACAUCCACUCUGGCUCCGAAUGCUACGGCCCUGAGGAAUAGUACGGCAACGACUUCGACGACUCCAUUGCCAACGAACACACAGCCGUGCAAUGGUUAUGUCGAGUUUUGUGCGCGCAAUUACUCCAACAUCACAUAUGUCGCGGCGCAUAAUAGUCCUUUUGAUAGAAAGGGCAAUAUUGCUUCGAAUCAGCAAUACUCGGUUACUACCCAAUUAAACGAUGGCAUCCGCAUGUUACAAUUCCAAGCGCACCUCCAAAACGGAACAAUACGCCUGUGUCAUACCUCCUGCGACUUGCUAAAUGUCGGCCCCCUAGAAGAGUACUUGACAACAGUCACUCGAUGGCUAAACAAUAACCCCUACGAAGUCAUUACCAUCUUGAUGGGAAACUACGACCUGGUAGGCGUGGGCAAUUUUACAGCUCCAAUCAUCAAUUCCGGCCUGUCGAGAUAUGUAUAUACACCACCAAAGAUUCCCAUGAGUCUAAAUGAUUGGCCGGUACUGUCAGAAUUGAUUCUCACGCAGAAGCGAGUUAUCAUCUUCAUGGACUAUAAUGCGAACCAGACCGAGGUUCCAUACAUCUUGGAUGAAUUCACGCAAAUGUGGGAGACGCCGUUCUCCCCUACUGAUCCGGCCUUUCCGUGUACGGUACAGAGGCCGCCGAAUCUGUCUCCAGAGAGUGCCAAGCAGAUCCUGUAUAUGGCUAACCACAACUUGAACGUGGAAAUCUCCUUUUCUGGAUUGGAUCUGUUAAUUCCGAAUACGGCGGUGUUGAAUGAGACGAACGGGGUGUCUGGAUAUCGCAGUUUAGGGUUGAUGGCAAAUAGUUGCACGACAACCUGGGGCAGACCUCCAAAUUUCCUUCUGGUUGACUACUACAAUGAGGGUAGUUCUCCAGGAUCAGUGUUUGAGGUGGCUGCUAAUAUGAACAAUGUGACUUAUAAUGGUCAUUGCUGUGGAUCAAAUACGUCUGGAGCCUUGAGACUACAAACUCCAGAUGCAGUCUGGAUGUUUGUCGUGGCUGCUCUCAGUGUCUUACUUUGCAUGAACUAAGUACCUUCGUGUGACUUUCUGAGCGGGUUAUUCUUUUCUAAUAAUGAUGGAGUUUCGGUUAGUGGAUAGAGGUUAAGGCGUGUUGCACUAAUAAUAAGAUAGGCAUUAAUCUA